UCUGUUUUGCUCCUGUCGUGGCGGGAACGUCCUUUACAGACCGAUAACAUGGAUGUUGAGAUGAAAGAAACAGACAGUGAACAAUGUCAAGCAAACGCGCCGUCUAAAAAGGACGACACUGCACCUAAAUCAUCGACGACUGCUUAUGAGCUACCAUGGGUUGAAAAAUACAGACCUCUGAAGUUAAAUGAAAUUGUGGGGAACGAGGAAACUGUCAGCAGAUUGGAGGUGUUCGCAAGAGAAGGAAAUGUGCCAAACAUCAUCAUUGCUGGUCCUCCUGGCACUGGAAAAACUACCAGCAUUUUGUGUUUGGCUAGAGCUCUUCUUGGCCCAGCUAUGAAAGAUGCUGUGCUUGAACUGAAUGCCUCUAAUGACCGUGGAAUCGAUGUUGUGAGAAACAAGAUCAAAAUGUUUGCACAACAAAAGGUCACACUACCAAAAGGUCGCCACAAGAUCAUCAUUCUGGAUGAAGCUGACAGCAUGACAGAUGGGGCCCAGCAAGCUCUGAGAAGAACCAUGGAGAUAUACUCCAAAACCACACGCUUUGCUCUGGCGUGCAAUGCAUCAGAUAAGAUCAUUGAGCCCAUCCAGUCCCGCUGCGCCGUGUUGCGUUACAGCAAGCUGAGAGAUGAGCAGAUCAUGAUGCGGCUGAUGGAGGUGGUGGAACAGGAGAAUUUGCAUGUCACCAAUGAUGGCCUGGAAGCCAUCAUCUUCACCGCUCAGGGUGACAUGAGACAGGCUCUGAACAACUUGCAGUCAACAAAUUCUGGAUUUGGUUACAUCAACAGUGAAAAUGUCUUUAAGGUGUGUGAUGAGCCCCAUCCUCUGCUGGUUAAGAACAUGCUAGAACACUGUGUGAAUGCCAACAUCGAUGAAGCCUACAAGAUUAUUGAACAGCUUUGGAUGUUAGGAUACUCACCAGAGGACAUAAUCGGAAACAUCUUUAGAGUUUGUAAAACCUUUCAGAUGGCCGAAUAUUUGAAACUGGAGUAUAUUAAGGAGAUCGGUUACACCCAUAUGAAAGUGGCAGAAGGAGUUAACUCUCUCUUACAGAUGGCUGGUCUGCUGGGUCGACUGUGCAGCAAGACCGCUGCACCUGAUGCAAGCUAAAGUCAAGUGGUACCUCAAAAAAAUCACAUUCGUUCUGUGUUCUGAAAAUAUGGUCACAUGUAUUACAAUUUUAUAUAAAAUGUAAAAAAGUGUAUAAAAAAAAUUCCAUUAAUAAAAAUGAAAAAUAAAA